GGCGGCCCCGAGCCGCACGUGGGCAGCAGCGGGCCAUGGCGGCGCCGACUCCCGCGCCCGAGCGCGGCCAGGCCUGCGGGCAGGUACAGAUUGACCUCUUACUAGCUGGCGAUGUCACCAUGCAGUACCUUGCUGAUGUUGUCCAGGAAGCGUUCUUGGGUAUAGCCAAAGUCUCCAUCACCAUCAGUGAGGUGAAAAAGGUAGCAGCACUCUGGGAUAACAGGACUUUCAAUGUUGUUUUCCUGAAGAUGACAUCUUUACCAAUGGCCGAGGAACUGGAAGCUGUUGACUUAAUUCGGUUUGGCAAGAUGAAAAAUUCACAAUUGCUGUUUGUUUCUAUAAUCCCUGAAAAUUUUAAAGGUUGUGUUUCAGGUUAUGGAGCUGAUAUUACUUUAACUGAACCAAUGACCAUGGAAAAAAUAAAUAUUGUGGUGAAAUACUGGAUAGCAUAUUUCUCAAAUACUGUUAAGAAUGAAAAUUCUCUAAACCUUGAAGAACUUGGUUUGCCCUUGCAGAAGUCGUGCAGUGACCACCUGGGACAUUUUUCUACUGAUCUAUUUACUUGUUCUGAAUCUCCAAAAACUGGCACUGGUUUGGAAUUACAGGCUCCACUAUCAGAUUUUGAGAAAAGCAAAAAGAUUUCUCUUCUUCAUUCAAGCAAGGAAAAGCAAAGGAGAGAACGUAUCAAGUAUUGCUAUGAACAGCUGCGCAAUCUGUUGCCAUAUGUAAAAGGGAGAAAAAAUGACAUGGCGUCCAUCCUGGAGGCAACAGUUGAGUAUGUAAAGUACGUCCGGGACAAAACCCCUCCAGCCCUCAUGGAGCAGAUUACAGAAGCGCUUCAGAGCAGUCUAAGGUUCUGUAAGAAACAGCAGGCUCCCGGGCAGCGCUCUCUGGCCAGCAGGAUUGUGGCACGAAGAGAGGACAGUGUGUUGACAAGCUCUCCGUCGCCUGCGAGAGGGGUCAGAUUCCUGGCUGAGAAUUGCUUGAACAAAUUCUCUGCUCCUGCCUCAGGGGACCCCUUGGAGGAAGAUGUGAGAGCUCAGUCCAGCUCCACUGCAGAGACUUCUGUUGGAGAUAUGUCUAAAACACUCAUCCCCAGCCCAGCUCUGUCUCUCAGUUCCUUCCAUUCUGUCAGUUCCUAUUCUAAAGGCAUCCCUUCUUACGAUGCAGCUGCAGUAACAAAUCAGAACAUGUCUAUUCAUUUUCCAUCAGCCAUGCCCAGAACCUCAAAGUUUCUUCCUCAGCACUGCAAUUCUGUGUUGGGCCAGACAUGCACAGCACAUCCCAAUUGUCUGCCACAGUUUUGGGCAUAUUAAUAGCACAUGUUUGAAACUCACACUCUAGACCACCUAUAGGGAACAGUUUGAAAUUACAGGAAGAAUGGAAUAAAGAAUGAUUCUGAAAACUACAUCCAGAGAUUCAGUAUUGUAAGAGUCUGCAAUAUAUGGUUUCUGUAAACGGGUUGAAAGUUUCUGCAGGUAGAAAGAUAAAGAUUGGGAACAUUAGCCACACAGCUUUCGCUUGUUUUCAUACAUCCAAUGGUCUGCCCCCGCCACAAAGAAAUAAGAACUAAUGGCUAGAUACAGACUCUGCUCAAAAGUUAUUCCAGCUUAUGAAACUGUUUGCUAUAAGGAAUAUCACUAUAAAAAUAUACUAUACUUGACAAAGUGAUGAGAUUGGGGAGGAACAUUGAUAA